AUGUUCCGCCGCGCCCUUCUCUGUCUCACCACCCCCAGUGAUCCCAGUAGGCUGCUCAGCCCUCACCAAGUGCUCGGGGUUGCCCCGGGAACACCAUUCGAGGAGGUUCGACAGCGCUUUUACGAGCUCACCAAGAAGUACCAUCCAGAUGUCGAGCACGGCGAUCCCAUUAAGUUCCGUGAGAUCAAUGCCGCUUACCGCUUGCUGCGCGCGGAGUACCGCCAGUCGUCUAGCGGAAGAAGCGCUAGAGACGAGGAGAGAGGCCCAUCGUCCUCGGGGUUCCGCCAAGCGAAGAAAUCAGAGACCCCGACCGGCGGCGCCUUCUGGGCGGAGCGCAACGAGCGGGUGCGCAAGGCGAAUGAGCAGCGGGAGCGGGAGCGCUGGGCCGCCGAGGACCGCGACCGUCGACAGCAGGGCGUAAAGCGUAGUUUUUUUCACGAACUGGUUGCGUUUCUCAAGGGGUCGGAGAUUGCCAUCUCGAUUGGGACGGUGGUGCUCGUUCUGCUUUACAGCGUUGAGCGCUACCACACGAUCAACUGCAUGCUCACCGAGAAGCGACGUCGGCUGAAGAACAUGGAUGAGGGUCUGCCCCCUUCGAUGCCGCUGGAGGUGGAUAAGGCGUUGAGUGAAAAGUACAGUGCACUACCAGACUCUCGAGAGCAACAGAUCGAUGCACUCCGCAUCCGCGAAGAGUCAUACUACCGCCGUGCUACGCAACGAAAGUUUGAGGACUUUCGGGAGUUCAUGUUUGUCUACGACCCAGAGGCCGUUGCGUCGCGCAAGGUCGUUUCGACACGCUUCAGCCACCAAUACAUGAGGGAGGCGGAGAUCUCAAAGCGGUGCCCGAUCUUGCGUGAGUUCAACUCGGAGAGCCGCACGCACCAUUACGGUGCUAUUGAGAAGGAGCUGGAGCAGGCGAUUCGAGAGGCGCCGUGGUCGGCACCGGAUGCCGGCUACGCUGGCGCUCUCGUGGCGAAGGGGCUGAGUUGCAUCGCGGCCAACAGCCCUAGCACGACCAAGUGGACGUUUAUUGAGUACACAGAUAUGGACAAGGGUUCGACGAAGGCGAAAACCACGUGCCUGGCGGCACUGCGCAACCUGCGUUUUGGGCAGACAGGCAUGUGCCAGCGCGUCACCGUCACUGGCAAGUCUGAGCUUCAACCACUGCUGGUGGCCCAACGGGAGAAGGACUUGAAGGAAAGGGUACUACAGAAGCGCUCCCUUCUCACGGGUGGUGAGCUGCCGGUGAAGGACCUUUCAGUGCCGCUUGAAUCCAUGAAGCUGUGA